AUGACUGCUAGAAGCUUCGAUCCAUUGUCGUCGGUCACCGUCAUCGGCGCUGAUCCCUGCGGAGGUGCCUUUGCCGCCGACCGGGCCAGCCGUGGGAAGUGUUUCUUGCUCUACGGUCACCUCGACUACCGUGGUGCCAUCCCCAUGAUUGAGAGUAACGGCGGCGACCUGGAUCUCACCAUUCAACACUCCAACUUCAUCGUAACCAGCGUUCCCUCAUACGGACAAGACACUAUACUCCAGAUCCUCAGCCAAUUUGACCUGCAACGUCAUCGUCAACGUGGGCAAUUUCUUCUACCUCGCCGCCCGCAAAAUGUCAACGCCCUCGCUAUCCUCGAAACUGACAUCUCCCCCUACGCCGUCUGGGUCAUAGGCGACGUGGUGUUCGUCAAGAGCAUCAAGAAAAGUCUGGCCAUUUGGGCCUAG